AUGAAAGGCCCCUUUCUCUGGAGACCUAUCAGCCAGAGGAAACCGGGGAGUGUCGUCGGGUGCAGAGCGAGUCACUGCGCCCCCGCCCCCACCCCGCGAAUCCGCGACGCCCUCGCUCCCGACCACCAGCGCGCCCCAGAGCACUGGCCGGUCCCCCAGCGUGCCCGGGGAGCAUCCCUGGGCUGCACGUGCCCCUGGGGGACAAAGACGUUGCUCGCCCAGGCUGGACAGGGCGCUCGGAGCCCGGGUACCCGCCGGGCCGCACAGCGACGGGGCUGGGACCGCCCGGCGCGCCGCGGGAAGCUGCCGGCUCCGCCCCCCGCCCCCCGGCCCCCGGGGCCUGCCAGUGGCACGUGCGGCCCGCAGCGCUGGGGGCGCGGGCCACCAAAUUCCAGGGGCGACGCGGCUUCUCCAUUACCUCCGCCCAGUCCGGGCUUCCGCGGGCGCCACUUCCCUCUUCCUCGACUGGGGCCGCGACGUCGCCACGCCUCCCCGCCGCGCUGGGGAGGAAGCGCCCGCUUCCCGCGCCCCUGCGGGCCUGGCGAGGGCGGCUCCGAGCUCCGGAGCGCGGGGGGGCUUGGAGGACCAGUCCCCCAGUCGAUCGCUCUAGCUCCCCGAGACCGUACCCCGACUCGCCAUUUUGGGGUCGAGGUCUGUGGACCUGGCCCGACCGGAAAAGAAAGAAUGCGCUUCCGGCGGCUCCGUGACAGCCACGCCCAGCCAUCGCCCUGUCUCUACCUGUGGCGCCUCGGCGCAGCCGGGCGGGAACAGUGCCGCGGCUCCUUUCCGUCCCGGGGGCGCGGCCUCCUGCUCCGGCUCAGGCCGGGACGCGAACACGCUUUCCCCAGGCGCGGGGCGGGCCCAGGGCAACCCCGGAAGCCUCUGGUCGCCUCGGAGGCUUGUAGCCCUCCGGCUCAAGGUGCCGCGAUCUUGUGGCCUUGACUUGGUCAAGUGC